UCUACAAGUGAAAAGACAUGAAGACAAUCACUGUUAUCUCCGUUGCUUUGUGCAGCUUUGUGCUGUUUCACUCUAUCUUAGCUCUUCCUCUCGACGAUUCAGAAAACUCACAGGGAGACCUUGUUGUCAUCGACUUGGUGCCCUUUGAACAACCCGAGGAAAAUCGCGACAUUACCAUCGAUGCGGCUAUUCAAUCGAAUGCUCAUGUCGAAGUUCCUGGAUCGGUUGCCGAGGAUUUACUAAAAGCUAUGAUCGAAGCUUUUCAACAGAUAAAGGUGUCUAAAGAGGUUGCUGUUCAAGUCCAAGUAUCCGUGCCAGACGAUAAACCAGUUGGCGAAGAGAAUGAACCGCAAAGCCGCAGUGGUGGAAUUUCAUGUAGUCUAGGUGGAGCUCUCUGUAGUUCGCACUGUCUGUUUUUGGGACAUAUCAGGGGAGGAUACUGCAAUUCCAGAAAAGUCUGCGUUUGCCGUUAAAAAGGAAAAAUGAAUUUGAUCUAUUAUCGCGUGGAAGAAAAUUAGUUGCUACCUACAUGUGUUUGUAUGGACUUUAACUGGCUUUCCAUAACAAAUUGUAAUUGAUUUUAAUGAAAUAUUAGUAAUUUCAAAGCA